AUGGUGAUUCAUUUACUAGAUAAGAGUACUGAUAAAAAUGGUCUAACUCCUUUUCAGAAGUUUAUUAAAGAAGUUUCAGAAGAAAACAAAAGAGCGAGAAAACUAAUUGAAGUAGGUGAAAAAAUUAAUCAAGUAGACCAUAAAUUUAAAACUCAGGAUAACAAUCAGGAUUUAUGUUUAAAAAUGUCUGAAAUUGUUUUAAUGCUUAAAUUCUUUGCUUCGAAUGAAAAUGAUAUUAGAGAAUUCAUAAAAGAAAUCAGAAAAAUUGAUAAUGAUAAAGCUCAAAAAAAGGCUGAUUUUAUUGAAGAAAAAGCAGAAUUAAUUAAAAAAAACCAUGUAAUGUCAGAGAAGGAUAAAGAAUACUUGAAUAAGGUGUUAGAUUGA